CAGAGGGCCUUCUUUUUUCGCGACCUGCAUGGAGAGGCCGGUCUCGGCGGGAGGACACUCUCGAAAAACAGUCGCCCGUAUUCCUCCAGGGACUCUUAAACAACGUUUUCCAGGGAACUCGACGAAGGUUUGAGGAGACCAAGACAAGUUCAACCGCACUGCUGCUGCGGGGAGCAAGCGAACGCCAGGAACUCGGUGUUCUGGAACACCGACAGCAGACAACAAACCUCUUCGCAUUUGCUGAGACAUCCGAUGUCUCCGUAAAUCUUCUUCUCUUACAGGUCGAUGGGGACAUCGCCUCACGAGGGGUGUACGUACACUUGAAGCCAUCCAGGAACCAGAUAAGAAGUGAAGGCGCGGCUGUAUGUACACUUGAAUCUUCAUGUAGACUUAUAUCGGGGCGUUUGCCCGGAUGUGGAGACGAAGAGAUCCGAUGGCUCUUCGAAACGCCUUGCGCCUUUCCUUUUUUCUCCUCGUCCUUCUGUUUCCCAGUCAGGUUGUCGCUUCACACAUUCAUCGUUCUGUGACACUCACUGCCCGCCCCUCCUCUUUUCUGUCCUCGUUUUCUCUCGCCACAGCCUCCUGGUUGCCCUCUUAUUCUUCACAUUCUUCUCCACCGCCUGCCUCUUGGGUCUCCUCACCCUCUUUUGCCUCUACUGCCUCUUUGCCUGCAAUUUCACCUCGUCCACGUUCGUCUUUCUCUUCUUCUCGAGUUUCUUCUUUCUCUUCUUCUCACGACCGCGCUGGGCGUACAUGUCUUCGCUUCUGCGCCUCUGCCGCUUCGUCGCGUUUCGGGCGUCCCUCUGCAGAGUCACUUGUCUCUCUUCUCUCUGUCCUUCUCCAUUCGCCUGCGGCUCUCCAGACUCGAAACCAACACCAGUCGAGAGACUCUCGUCAGCAGUGUUUCUCUCAGCCGCGAACCCCACAGAACUGCCGGUCCUCCCCCCGCCUCGCUGAGCUCUCGACAGCUGUGCAUGCAUCGCCGCAUGCAUCGCCGCAGACCUCAGCGCAUCAAUGUCGGCAGCUUGAGAAUGAGAGCGAGGCGUUUGGUCGCCUCGUCUGUCUCUUGCGCGAGGCGGGCGCAUUUAUUGCGGACGAGAGCCUUGCGCUCGGUCCGAGCAGCGUUUUCGACUUUCGCGACUCUUCCUUCGUCUCCGCGGAGAGAGGUGGAAGUUUCCCUGCAGCAGCUCAGCAGCCGGAGAAAGCGCUCACGCCGAGGGACGCGACGGAACAAAACUCGCAACUUAGAGGUCUCUUUGCGCGCCGCCAUUUCCACAGGGGAGAGGUGAUUGCGGCGAUUCCGCGCCGCCUCCACUUCUCCGAAAAGAACGUCCUCGCUUGGCUGGCACAGAGAGAAGAAGCACCGUCUGUCGGGGUACGAAAGGAACGAGAGGAGAGAGGGCCUUCCAGCGCUUCGGUCCUGAACUCGCGAAGAGAAGGAGACGGCAGUCCUUUCCUCAGCUCCUUUUCAGAUCUCUCUCUAGAGAAAGGGCGGUGUCCAGACAGUCGGUCAGAGGGAGCGGAAGCGAGUCCUCGGACUGCGUUUCACCCGGGUGCUUCGCGGAACUCACAGGAUGAAAAGGACAGAAACAAAACAUUUCUGUUUAACUUCUUCAACGACCUUCUAGACUCAGAUUCGCUCGUGGACGACCCGCAAAUGCGCCUCGCUGUCGUUCUCCUCUUCUUUCGCUUCCUGGCUCCCUCGUCAUCUACUGCCUGGGCUCCGUCAUUGUCUACGUCGACAUCUCCUGCUUCAUCGUUUUUUGUAUCUCCUCCUCCUUCCCUGUCUCCGGGUGUCUGUUCCUCGGCUUCAGAGACAGAGAGAGGUGACACUGGCGCCGCAGAUUCGCUUUCGCAGAUCUGGCGGCUGUUUGUGUCUCUUUGCCCUCGAGAUCUUCGUCACCUGCUGCCUCUCUGGGAGUUGACGGCCCUCCGAACGCUCGAACACCGGAUUGUGAACGUUGUUCUCAAACGGCUGUACUCUUACCAGUGCGUCGCUGACGCCGUCGAUCGCAUCCUCUCUUCUCCUGCUUCACCUCCUCCUCCUCAUGGAGUUUCGCCGAAGGAAGACAUGAUUUGGGGACGACAGGAGAUUCGUUCUCGCCUCAAAGAGAGUUUCGACGUCGAGCAACUCAAGUGGGCUGCCUGUGUCGUUUCUUCGCGGAGCUUUCGAGUGGGCGGCGAGACUUCUCUCGUUCCUCUUCUCGACUUUCUGAACUGUGGAGGACGAGGCGACGCGGCCGCGAACGCGAAGGUGACGAGACGGGAAAAAAAACAUGUUUUUCAAAGGACCGAAAAGACAAGCGGUGCCACUGAGGACCAAGCGUUUUCGGAAGAAGACGUUAGCAUCAUUGCAGCGAGAGACAUUCGCGCCGGAGAAGAAAUCCUGAUUUCCUACGGCGAGGACAACGACAAACGCCUGCUAAACUACGGCUUCUUCGAUGCUUCGCCUCGCGAGGAGAAGACAACUCUGUUCUUUUCUGCCGCUCUCGUGAGGGCAGCUCUGGCUGCAACAGACGUCCCUGACUUGCUGCUGCUCUCCGGUUUUGGGGGCCUUCCGCCUCGCCAGUCUGCAGCUCUGAAGAAACUUCAGUUGAUUCCAAAUCCAGCGCGUCCAGCUGCGUCGCCGUUCUCUCCUCUCGUAACCGUCUUCGCGGCAGAGCCUCUCGUCGAGGGCAGACUCUUGGCGGCUGCGAGGGUUCUGAUGCUGGACGAGGACUCUCUUGGAAACGAUGAGAUCGACGUCGAGAAGGCAGCGUCUUGGAAUACGCCGUUCUCUGCAGACAACGAGAGGCGCGCAUGCACUUUCCUCGUCAGUUUGCUGAGACACGACCAUCACCGGUCGCACUCGUCGUCUUUAGAGGAAGACGCUGAAAUUCUGAAGACUCGAAGAUUUCCAACAGGGGAAGUGGAGUUCGGAAAGGCACCCUUCGAGCCUUUGACGGCCAGUCGCGAGGUUGCGCUCAGAUUUCGCAUGCAUCGGAAACGCGUUUUGCGAGAGGCCAUCGCGCGCUUGCAAAUCCGGUGCCAGUCCAUCCGAGAAGACUCUCUGGAAAUGGAGCAAGGAACACAGGGACAAAGUCGCAGCACACAAUACAUGUCUUCCCUUUGAAAAAGUACCCCCUUCGUGGUUAAAUAUCGCUUUGUGUCGCAACAUGCAUGCAUGUCUCUGGCGGCGUCUCUCUGUCUCUCUCUCAGUCGCCAUUUCUACCUAGUUGAUCUAUUUCUCUCUAUGUCAAUGUCAACCUAAGC